AUGUCACCAGCGCCUGAUUUAGCUGAUGAAACAAUUAUUAUAAAUCCACUACCUAAUACAAAUACUAUUAAUGCUCAUUCAUCAUCUGAUGAACUUGAUCAUAAUCAAUUCAAUGAACAACAUAUGGAUCUUGGUUCAUUGACAAUUGAUUCAAUGGAAAGUGUCGAUUUGUCUGAUGAUGAUGCACCAUCUACAUUAACUAAAACAUCUGUUAAUCCAUUUACAACUUGUUCUGCACCAUCAACACCAACAGGUGAACGUGAUCCACCAGUAGCAUUUCGAAGAUCUUCAAUAUCAGCAGCGACUACUGAUGAACAACCUAAUGUUGAAAUAAAAUAUGAAACUGUUGAAAAUAAUGUUGAUGAUAAUGGAAUAAUGCAGACAUUUUUUGGUUGUUUAAGACCAUUUAUAUCUGUAGUCAAUAAAAUUGGUGAAAACAUCAAAUAUACUAAAGAUCCAAAUAAUACAUUACAAAAAAUAAAUGAUGGUUGGCAAAUUCCAAUUGAUAGUAUUAUGAAUGAUUUAGUAUUAAUUGGUUCUGGUAUGGAAGGUUCUGUUUAUCUUGGUAAACAUAAUGGUCAAAAUGUCGCUUGUAAACGUGUUAAAACUGAAGAUGAAACAAAUAUAAAACAUUUAAGAAAAUUAAAUCAUAAUAAUGUUAUUAAAUUUCGAGGUAUUUCAAUUUCUUCACCAUUAUUUUAUAUUGUUAUGGACUAUUGUCCAUAUGGUUCAUUAUAUGAUGUAUUAAAACGACGUCGUGAAAAAGAUUCUUAUACAAAACCAACACAAGUUCUUGAUUGGUCAAAACAAAUUUCUAAUGGUGUUAAUUAUUUACAUGCAAAUAGAAUGGUUCAUCGUGAUCUUAAAUCACCAAAUAUAUUAAUUGCUGAAAAUUUUAGUUUAAAAAUUUCGGAUUUUGGUACAAGUAAACAAUUAGGAAAUAAACAAGGACAAAUUAUGUCAUUCAAUGGUACAUCAGCGUGGAUAGCACCAGAAGUUAUUAGACAAGAACCUUGUUCAGAUAAAGUUGAUGUUUGGUCAUUUGGUGUUGUACUUUGGGAAAUUUUAACAUGUAAAAUACCAUAUCAUAAUAUAGAUCCAACCGCAGUUAUGUGGGGUGUCGGUAAAGGUAGUUUAACAUUACCAAUACCAUCAUCAGCUCCUGAAGGUUUUAAAUUACUUAUGACAAUGUGUUGGAAUCAAAAACCUGUUAAUCGACCAUCAUUUCAACAAAUUAUAAAACAUUUAAAUAUUAGUGAACCCGAAAUAAUUUUAUUUGAACAAGAACAAGAAUAUGUUGAUUUAACUCGUGCUUGGUCAAUUGAAAUCAAUGAACAAUUUGCACGUUUACCAACAAUUGAUAUAUCAUCAACACUUCAAAUGAGUAAUGAUGAAUUAAUGAAAAAACGUAAAGAAGAAUUACAACAUAUUGCUGAUAUUCGUUCACAUUAUCAAGCAAAAAUUCAACAAGUCAAUACACUUUAUAUUGAAUUAUCUUCGUUAAUGAUGCAAUUACAAAAACGUGAACAAGAAAUAAAGAAAAAAGAACGUUUACAUGAUAUACAACAUCAUUCAUCAACAGGAAAUAAUAAUGGAAAAAAACGAACACUUAAUUCAAUAGUAGAAGCACGAAAAAAAUCAUUACAAUCAAUUAAAGCAGCAAGUUUUAAUCUCAGUGAUCCUUUUGCAAUGUUAGCACAAUCAUCAUCAAAAAAAGCAAAUUCCAUUAAAACAAAUAAUGGACUCUCGACUAAUCAAAGUACAGUGUCAUCAGCAGCAACUGUUUUAAAUACUCAAGAUACAACAAGUAUUAAAACUACGCAACGACGAAAAAAAGGUCUAGGACAUCGUCGUAAUAAUAGUAAAGGAAGUGCAACAUCAUGGACACCACCAAGUCUUACAGAAAUUGCCGAUCAAGAACAAAAACGUGCUUCUAUCAAUAUACCAUCAAAUGAAACUAUUCCUGAAACAUCAAUUCAAUCUUCAAUUCCAUCAAUAUCAGCGGAUAUCGAUGCCAAAUUAAAUAAAAAUAAUCGACAAUUAAAUCCUAAAACCCUUAAACUUGAUCUUCAACAUUCAACAAGUUCACAGAUAUCACCAACAAAUUAUGAACGACCUCAAACUAUAUUUACAUAUGUUCAACGUAAAUCAUCCAGUAGUGAUAUAGAAGAUGUACAUGAAAAACCACGUCGACGACGUAUUCCAAAUUUAAAUAAUAAUAAAACAGCUUCACCAUCAUCAUUACGUACAAUAAAAUCGACUUCACUUGAUCAACAUACACCACAAAUAGAUGAAUCAGAAAAUGAUAAGAAAACAAUAGAUGAGAAAAAUGAUAAUGAAAAAUCUAAUGAUACACGUAAAUAUCCAAGAAGUGUUAGUUUUCAUUUUUCACCAACUACAGUCAAUGAUCGAAGUCCAUCUUAUCAACAACGAAAUACAUUCAAUCGACAUAAACGUUAUAGUUCAUCCGAAGAAGGUGAAGUGGAAGAAAUACACAGUGAUAAUUAUGUACUUGAUGAUGAAAAACAUCGAGCUAAACAUAAAGAUUUAAAUCGAAAAUCAAAUGGAAUGUUUUCAUCAGAAAGUGAGAUCUAUAAUGAAACUAAUAAUCAUUCAUCAUUAUCAAAAAAUGAAGGUAUUUUUUCUGAUGAAGGUGGUCAUGUAUCUGAUGAACGACCACAAUCACGUGAAUCACUGUUAAACAGUGAACCUGAACAUGAAUGGCAUGAUCAAGAUUAG